AUGUCUCUCCACGAUAAACUCAGUAUCGAUGGUCACGUCUUCAAAAUCCCCACCGACCCUGUCGAGCGCUUUCGUUUCAUCCGUGAUCAAGCAGUUUCCUCCUACCAUGCUAUGACAGGCGGCGCACCGACUGCACGAGACCUGGCAUUCUUCUUUGGUGCUCCUUCUGCGGAGUCUUCUACCGAGGCCGGCACCGUGGAGUUGGUCGAUACAGAGGCGGCUACUACAAAGGCGGACACUACAGAAGCGGCCGCUGUGGAGGUCACCAUUACGAAGGUUCCUACUGCGAAGGUCACCGGUGCAGGGGGUACUAGUACCCAGGAUAAGGAAAUUGGAAUUUCAUCAUAUGGUCGGAAACGCAGUUAUGCUAUCUUGGAGGAAGACGAGGUCAGGGGUGGGAAGGAUAAGGGUAAUGACGAAGAGAACCAGGAUGAAGAGGAGGUGGACGUGCACGAGGACGAGGAGGUGGAUGAGGACGAGGACGUGAACGGGGAGGAGGACAUGGGCGUGGACGUGGAUGAGAAGGAGGAGGAGGAGAACAAGAAACAGAAUGGUCACGACGGCAACAAGAAGGCUCGCUCAGAAAUCAGCUUUGUAUGGCCAAAGCCUGAGGAGGUUGUUGCGCGCAGGAAGCUGUUGGUGGCCUUUGAGAAUAGGGCUAUGUUUGUGGGAACUUUCAGCACCUUCGACGACGCUCUGAGGAAGACUGGAAUGUCCUACAGAUGGCUACAAACAAAAUACAUAGAAAGGCUAAUCAUGAUUGAGGGCCGCUGGGCUAAGGUUUUGGUGAUGAAAGGGAGGGGUCGCUGCAGGGCCUGCAUUGAUUACAAUGCUGUGUGGGGUAACAUCGAGUGUAAGGUACUUGUGAGGCAUCCCAGCAACGCCCUCCAUACUGACAAGUGUGGGCAUUGUCUGAAAGUUGAUAAACCUUGCCCUUUUGAGAAAUUGUUGAAAUAA